CCAAUUUUCUCAACGCCACUAUAAACCCUAAAAAUCGAAUCUUUAAACCGAUUAGCCGAUUCCUCCACCGGAAAAAAAAAUCUCAUCUUUUCAUAUUCCCCACCACUGCCAAAUCGGAAGCAAGCAGUGUAAAAUGGCGGAUGAGGUGGUGAUUCACAGCGAUGUUGAAGAUCGUUCGGCGAAGGGGAUCUCCGAGUCAAAGGAACUGGAGAGGAAGAUUGAGGAAUCUGAGAUCAAGAACCAGGAGCUUAAGAAGGAGAAUCUCGAUUUGAAGGAGAAGCUAGAGAGGCUUACGGGAGAAAUUCAAGAGAUGAAAGGUGUAGAAGAGGAUAUGAAUCAGAGGUUCGGAGAAAUGGAGAAAGAGAUUGAGGAAUACGAGGAAGAGAAGAAGGCUCUGGAAUCUAUUUCUACGAGAGCUGUGGAGCUUGAAACAGAGGUGUCGAAUCUUCAGGAUGAUCUCUUCACUUCCUUGAACGGCGUUGAUAAGACUGCGGAAGAAGUGGUGGAGCUGAAGAAGGCGUUGGCUGAGAAAGUGGAGUUGCUGGAGGGGUGUGAGAAGGAAGCUGAGGGUUUAAGGAAAGAUAGAGCUGAGGUUGAGAAGAGGGUUAGGGAUUUGGAGAGGAAGAUUGGGGUUUUGGAAGUGAGGGAAAUGGAGGAGAAGAGUAAGAAACUUAGAUUAGAAGAGGAGUUGAGGGAGAAAGCUGAUGAGAAAGAGAGAGAGAUUGAUGAAUUGCAGAAGAAAGUUAGUGUUUUGAGUCUGGAAUUGGUGAAGAAUGGAGAGGAAUUGGAGAAAUUGAAGUCUGGGAAGAAGCUGACGGAGGUAGUUUUGAGUGAAAGUCAAGAAAGGGAGAAGGUGAUGGAGUUGAAGAAGGAAGAGUUGCUGAAGAAGGUUGAGGAAGGUAAUAAGACUGUUUUUGGGUUGAAUGAGAGAGCCAGGAAUCUUAGUAAUGGAGUCAGAGACACAAAUGGUGGUGACCAAAAGGGUUCCGUGGAAGCAGAGUUUCAGUGGCCAGUGGUUGCUGCUGGAUCAGUUGGAGCUGUUGGUUUGGUUGCAGCAACCUUGUUCGUCUGCUAUUCUAAGCUAAGGUGAUUCUGAUGAAUAUGUAGUAGUGGAAUAAUAACUGAUGAACAACAACAAGGUCUUAAAGAUUGAUAUCAGGAAUGGAUUUUAUACAGGUUGGCUACAAAUUUGUUUUGGGUUCGGAUUUUUGAGUUUGUGAUGUUUGUUGAUUGUUGGCUAUCAUGUUUUUUUCUUGAUGGGAUCAGCUUUGAUUGAUUAAGCCACGCUUAUUGCAACUGUUCUUUAUCACUUCUACUUUGGCUUAUAGAUUUGCUUGAGCAGUGCUUCUUCUUUACCUCUUUAGUCCAUGAAUGAAGAUAGCUUUAUAUUACCACUGA